CGAGGAAGAGUCCGCAGAAAUGGCCAAAACGCAGGAGGUUGAGCGCAUCGCCAAAAAGCUGGAUAAAAUGGUGCACAAGAAAAACACGGACGGCGCUCUUGAUUUGCUGAGGGAACUGAAAAACAUGAAGAUGUCUCUGGAAACUCUGCAGUCAACCAGAGUCGGGAUGUCGGUGAACGCGGUGAGGAAACAGAGUUCAGAUGAGGAAGUUCAGACUCUGGCCAAAACUCUCAUCAAAUCCUGGAAGAAACUUCUGGAUGGUGCAGAAGGGAAGCCUGAUGAGAAGAAGAAGGAAGGCUCUCUUGUGAGGUCAUCGUCUACCUUCAGGGACUCUGGCUCUACUGAGAACAGCAGUGAGAAGUCUGUGGAGACUCCAACCACGCCCACCGUCCCGCACCGGUUCACCUCUUUCCCCCCGGUCCCCGUUACUACAGACAACGUGCGGACCAAGAGUCGAGAGCUGCUGGUGGCGGCUCUGCAGACUGGAGAUGACUUCAAGGCCAUUGGAGUUGACUGUGAACAUCUGGCAGCACAAAUUGAGGAACGGAUAUUUCAGGAGUUCAAAUCCACGGACAUGAAGUACAAGACGCGCCUGCGGAGCCGCAUCUCCAACCUGAAGGACCAGAAGAACCCAGAGCUGAGACGCAACGUCCUGUGUGGGAGCAUCGCACCUGAACGCAUCGCCUCCAUGACGGCGGAGGAGAUGGCGAGCGCAGAGCUGAAGCAGAUCAGAGAGGCUCUGACCAAAGAGUCCAUCAGAGAACACCAGCUGUCCAAGGUCGGCGGAACCGAGACGGACAUGUUCAUCUGCAGCAAGUGUCACGGCAAGAACUGCACGUACACGCAGGUCCAGACCCGCAGCGCCGACGAACCCAUGACCACCUUCGUUCUGUGUAACGGCUGCGGCAACCGAUGGAAGGUGAGGAGACGUUGGGUUUUCUCUUUCACGUUGCGGUUCGCUCCAACAUCCUCAGUUUGAUGUUUUACCACAAGGUGGCAGCAGAGACUGAGCUCACGGUUCUUCCUCUUCACUCACCUUCAUGUUUCUCUCUUUCAUCUUUCUCUUCAUGUCCUCUGUUCUUGUUUUUUUUCCAGACUUUUUCCAUUGUUCCCCCCUCCACCCCUCUUUCCUCCUCCUCCUUCAGUUUCAUCGACUCGCUCUUCUCCCUCCUGCUUACGUCUCCGACCUCUUCACUUUCACCCUCCCCCUCAGUCUCUCCACCUUUCCCCUCCAUAUUAGUCCUUCCUUUCUUUCCCAGUCCUUCAUCCCUCCCUUAUUUAGCUGCUGGCUCUGGGUCGAGGUGAGCCGACUGAUUUCACUCACUGAUCCUCCGGUAGAAAUGAUCAAAAAGCAGAUUUAUAGGAAUUGUGACAAAUUGAAGUAAACCUCCUACCAGCUGGAUGUUAACGUUAUAGUUGGACAGUUUGUCACAGUUUUUUUCUGCAUCUCUUAAGAGGUUGAGUUUCACCUCUGAGUCUCAGAACCUCACAGAACUGGUUCAUCUGAGUGAAAAUGUUUUAAUUAGUUCAGCGUAUUGAAUCUGAGAUGAUCACUCCUAACCUGCAGGUUACCAGCGUUAUUCUAGUUAUACCUGAAUGUUCUUAGAAAAUGUUGACAAAUGUUGAUUUUCUUGCAGAAGACUCUCCAUGUGGUCUAUUAGAAAUAAAGGCAAACACAUUAAGAAAAUGUAAUAACCACACUAAGUUGAUGUGCAUUAGAAAGAUUUCUGUUCAGCGCCUGACAUUUACAGCAAACAUCAGCACACAGUGAACCUCCAGUAAAAUCUGCAAAUACCCGAGACGUCCUGUCAAAACUCUUAUAACUGCCUGUUUGAACUGUUCAAGCACCAAAUAUAGUUAAUAUAAUAUAUAUAUAUAUGUGUGUAUAACCGUCUUAGCAGUUUCAAGAAAACUUUACAUUUUCUUGAAAAACUUCUUUAAUUGAAGUUCCAAAAGUUUAAAAUUUUGAGACUCAGAAAUUUCCAAAGUGCCUGAAAUGGGAGCUGGUUGUGUUGGGCCCAAUGUCUCUGGUUUUAUUGCAUUUUGAAGAAACUUUAACUGCACCAACCUGUAGGUGGCGCUGCAAGCUGAACAUUAUCUACCUGUAACCCUGACAGGCAAACUCUAAUCAUCCCGUUUUCUCUUUCUCU